GUUGUAUAACUUAGAGGAAUCAAUUCUCCUCCAAGUGGUUCUGAAGAAAUAAAAUGAAAAUUAAAUAAAAGUAAUACAAAAAAUAAUAAAAUAGAAGUCAUUAAUUAGAGGUGUCCUUAAACGUGAGGCUGGUUAUGUGCCCCUAUAGGCUUAGAAGCCAUGUGUGGGUAAGCAGUCUGAAUUUGUAAUGUAAUGUGGGUAUUAUUAGCAUGCCGUGAAAGAGAGGUGGUCACCUGCCACGUUGGAGAUUUCAGAGGCCCACGUGCACAUGCUGUUAUCCCUUUUGGGGAUGGACCACUAUAAGAGAUCAGCAUGCUGGCCAAUAAAGGACACUGAGAGAGAGAGACAGGAGAUAAAGAUACAAGAAGGAGAGUUCCGUAGAGUGAAGGAAGACAGAGAGAGAGAGAGAGAGAAAGAAAAAGAGAGAAAGAAAGAGAGAGAGUGAAAAAAGAAACAAAAGAGACUCAGUGGAUGCUUCAGCUGACGGAGUUUGUCCAGAGAGCAAAGCGUUGUCUUGUGCAUGUUCUUCUAGCGCAUACCAGCCAGGGGUUAGGAGACAUCCAUCUAGACGUCUAGACGUCCCAUCAGAAGGAGCCACCACAGAGAGAGCAGACAGGGCCAGUGUGUAGAAGAAGAGGAACACAACAGAGGCGACAGGGCCAGUCUAUAGAAGAAGAGGAACACAACAGAGGCGACAGGGCCAGUGUGUAGAAGAAGAGGAACACAACAGAGACGACAGGGGCACGUCGUUAGGUACCGCAGCCUUCCAUCCAGCUCUCUCCCACUGUCAUAGCCAUGGCUCAGCAGGUGAGAAGCUUGUCCGCCCUCAAGCCUUUCUUCAUGAAGACUUCCAUCGGCGUGAGCAGUCCCCGACGACAGAGGCGGCACACCCUGCCCGCCAGCGAGUUCCGCAACCUCACAUCUCAAGAUGCCAUCAGUGUGUUUGAGAUCGAGAGAGAAGCUUUUGUGUCCGUGUCGGGGGAGUGUCCGCUCACGCUGGACGAGGUGCUCGCAUUCCUGAGCCAGUGUCCGGAGCUCUCGCUGGGCUGGUUUGAGGAGGGACAGCUGGUGGCCUUCAUCAUCGGAUCAGGCUGGGACAAGGAGAAGCUUGCAAAGGAGGCCAUGACCACCCACGUCCCUGGCAGCCCGAGUGUCCACAUCCACGUGCUGUCUGUCCACCGCCACUGCAGGCAGCAGGGCAGGGGCUCCGUGCUGCUGUGGCGCUACCUGCAGUACCUGCGCUGCGUGCCGGGCCUGCGGCGGGCCGUGCUCAUCUGCGAGAAGUUCCUGGUGCCCUUCUACCAAAAGGCCGGCUUCAAGGACAAGUGCCAGUCGGCCAUCUCCGUGGGGUCCCUCAGCUUCCGUGAGAUGGAGUACCAGCUGGGUGGGCUGGCCUACGCGCGGCGGAACAGUGGCUGCUAGAGCCACGGCGACGGCGCCCCCCUCUUGGCUGGCUCAGGGUACUGCGCUCGGGCAGACCGUAAUGACUCAGGAACUCACUCAGUCAGAACGACAGUCUCCCCCUUCUCCUAUUUGAACACUGCCGGCAGCCCUCUCUGCUCCACGCGACAGGGGCCGCAGACACACCGCAUCUAACGCACAGCCAGGGACGGGACUGGUUGCACACGGGGCCCCAUGUAUAUCUCAUGGCUGAUCAGAGAUGUGAAAUGUGGGUGAUCAACAGCGUAUGUCAAAUAGAAUGUGAAGGCGAGGGGAGAGAUGUUCAGUGAUGUGUGUAUAAAGUUGUACAUAAGGGAAAUCUCUCCACUGUGAUUGGCCAGCCACUCCAGAGCACUUUAAACUUUAGCAAUGUCCUGAGAAACAUGUUGCAUCACAUUUCCUGUGUUUAAAAUGCUAAAUGUAUGACUGUGAGAAGGUGGAUUCCCUCCCUUCUCACCAUGGCACGAAAAAGGGAUGUUGGCCUUUAAGAGACUUUGACUCCCCCGCCGCAAUGGUUGGUUCCGUGCUCCCCCAUGUGUUGGUGGGGUCCAAAUUGGCCCAAUUUAACCCAAGUGGCUGCCCUAUUUAAAGGGUGCCUCAUGGAAGCAUGGGGGAGAACUUUGGAGAGGCCUGAAGGUGUAGCGCUGACCUGCUGUGAGGUUAAGUGUGUACUGUGUCUAGCUGUGUGGACACUGUUUGCCUUGUUUUGUGCCGCUAGUUUAUGUACUUAGUUUCGUGCUUAGUUUCUGGGUCUAGUUUGGGGCCUAGCUUGUGCCCCGAGUGUGCCGGUAUUAGGCCUAAAUGGGCCAAGCAGGUACCUAGGGUGCCUAGUGAAUUGAGUUACUGUGAGUACUGUUUGUAUUUGGAUUUAUGUUUGUUCAUUUCGUGUGUAUAUAUGUUUAGGGGUUACUGGAGAGAGCCCCCUUUGUAUGUAAAUAAAUACAUGUCUAUUUUUAUAAGAGACACCACCUCCUGGACCGUGUUUUUCCCCACAUCAGCACCAAGUCCAGUCGACCAAAUCCCAAAAAACGUGGGGUGACCGCCACGGUCCCCCUCACAAUGACCAAAUUGUUUACUUUUGUAAAGAAUAUGUCUAGAAUAGCACUCAAGUCAUCCAUGUUCAUACACAAAC